CAGCGGCAGCAGACGCGUCUGGCUCUGCCUCUCUGUGCCGAGCGCUGGCGAUCGGAGUCACCCGGCCUUGUUCUGAGGCUGGGCACCAAGCUCCUGUCGCUGGCUACACUGAGAGUGCUCCCAAAUUCAAACCCAGAUCCUUCUGCCAGGCAGAAGCACGGGUUCAAAGAUGGAGUUUACUGGAAAAGGAAAAACCUCUGAAGGAAAAGGCCUGUCUGGCUACCCGCUUGCCAAGAGGUUUUCCCUGGCAAGUCCCUCUAUGCUCCUUCCCUCCAAGCCAUUGCCUCCCAUCCAGAAGAGCUCUCCUUCUACCAAGACAAGCCUGAUAUGCAGCGGAGAGCGGGAGAAUGGGAAAGAUGGCAUUGGGUAUGCUGAGGGCAGGAGAAAAGAAGAGGAGCUGAGUUCAGAGGGACAAGGAUAUAAGGCUUCCUUGCUGUGUUCCAGUGGAGGGGAUAUGAAGAAGGGGUCAUUGGGACCACCUCUGAUCCCCCCCAUAGGCAAGGCAGUAAGUCCCUCUCUUGGCAGUGCUGCGGGCUCUCUGCAAAGCUCUCCGCAGCUGGAAUUCCAGGAGUCCCAGGAGAUGAGGUCAGGAUGCAGCAGCAGAAGCAAGGAGGAGAACUCUGAACAUGCAGGCGUGACUAGGUUCAUUUUCUCCACGUCUUUCCGGCCAUGUCCCUCUUCGCUCCUUCCCUCAAAGCCAUUGCCUCCCAUCAGGAUCAGCUCUCCUUCUUCUAACAAUAAUAAAAUGUACAGCAUGGAGAAAGAGAACAAGGACAUUGGCACUGGCUAUGAUAAUGACAGUAGAAAACACCAGGAGCAGAGUUCAGAAGAAAAAUGUUAUAAGGCUUCCUUGCUGUAUUCAAGUGGAGGGGAUAUGAAGAAGGGGUCAUUGGGACCACCUCUGAUCCCCCCCAUAGGCAAGGCAGUAAAUCCCCCUCUUGGCAGUGCUGUGGGCUCUCUGCAAAGCUCUCCGCAGCUGGAAUCCCAGGAGUCCCAGGAGAUGAGGCCAAGAUCCAACAGCAGAAGCAAGGAGGAGAACUCUGAACAUGCUGGCCUCCCACUGAGCCAGGCCAAGGAGAUGGAUCAUCACACCGAUCCUGGUCUUACGAGUGACACAGACCUGAGGGAAGGUUUUGGAAAGAUCCGUGCUGCAUUGUGCAUGUUGGCUCAAAAGAACUUAGAGCGGAAGGAUGCAGAGCUUUUGGAGAGAGAGAUGAAGAAAAGGAGGCAAAGGAACACAUCCUUGCAACCCAUUCUGGAGACAGUUGAGCCCGGGGAUGAAGCUGAAGCAAGCUUUAGCCUACCACCUGUUGAUGGCACAGCUUCUAGAGUGCAGAGAAAACACCCUGGUAGUGCCUUGAAGAAGAAGGUCUUGAAGAAGCAGGACAAUGUGUCCUUACUGCCCAAUAGGCCCAUCAUCCAUGGGGAUGGCAGCUUCCCACGCAGCUCCUCAGUGACCUCGCAGACGGCCACUGGUGCCCAGCGCCGAGAGGAGCCGCUCCGUGGGCAUGGGCAGAAGGACAGAGCCUCUCCAGACCCACAGCACUCCUUGCUGGAGGCACUCUCCUUGCUCAGCAGCGAUGACUGGGAGCUGAAGGAGGAGGGACUCUACAACAUCAAACACCUGGCUGGGUCCCAUUCAGAGGUCCUGCUUUCCAGACUUCAUGACAUUUGCUUGGCAGUUACCAACGAGGUGGCCAACCUCCGUUCCAAGGUGUCCUACUCUGCAAUUGUCACUCUGGGAGAGCUCUUUGUGACCUUGAAGAAGAACAUGGACUCUGAGGUGGAUGAGGUUGCUCGGGUCCUUCUGCAGAUGGUGUCCAACUCCCCAGAAUUUGUUCAGAAAGCAGCCAGUCAGACCCUGGGGAUCAUGGUGGAGAAUGUGACUCCUGCACGAGCAAUGACUGCUCUCAUGGACAUGGGAGUCAAGUAGGUUGUUCUUCUUUUAGUGAUAUUCUUCACCUUCUAGUGUGUGGGAGGGAGAAGGGAUGAGACAGAGAAUGGGAAUGCUGAGAGGGAAGGGUCCUGUAUGCUGCAUCUUCUGUGAACUCAGUGACUUCAUUCUCCAAUCAACAUCAUUUCUCUCUUCUUGUCACCUGUUUCUGCCCUCCUGCAGCCUAUUAGUUCUCAGAA